AUAAAAUACAAAUAGACAAAUUCAAUGUGCAGAGUUUGUUCUUUGUUGAAUAUUUUAAAUCUGACAAAGAUUUAAUGGAUACGUUUAGCGAUAAAUAGACCAUUAGUUUAUUAUUCUAUAAUGAACGGGUGUAUCUAUACGAGGAGUAACGAUUGACAAGCUAUUAUUGUACAGUUAUAGGAGGAUAACGAAACACCUUGAACACAGGUGAUAAUUAACUGGAGAUUUCAUAAUUACUGUCCUGAAGGACGGAAAGCCUAUAGGAGGAACGUUUUGAUUUGAUCAACAUGUUUACAUAGUUGUGGAAUAUGAUCGGAAGUUCUUCACGAUGGUACAUACCAAUGGGUCUAGAAGAGCAAUUCAAUUAUGAUUAUUUUAUAUUUUCACGUGUGCUUAAUUUUUACUACUUGUGUGUCGUUUGAAGUAAUUUCUGGUGAAGAAUUGAAAAACAUAACUAUCGGAUAUUUGACUGUUGAUAAAGUUAUUCCCUGGCAGCGAGAUACCCAGGGAAGGAUUAUAUCUGGAGCUAUAUCGUAUGCUGUGGAUCUUAUUAAUAAUGAUACAACAGUGUUACCAGAUUAUCAUAUACAUUUAGUGUGGGGUGACACCAAAGGGGACACCAUCACCGCCACAAAACUAUUACUUGAUCAAUGGCGACAAGAAGCAGUAGCAUUUUUUGGUUUAGAGGAUAGUUGCAGCGUUGAGGCUAGGGUGUCAGCUGCAGUAAAUCUCCCGAUGAUAUCCUAUAAAUGUGCCGACCUUGAAGUUUCCGAUAAAUUGAAGUAUCCCACAUUCGUUCGGACUUUUCCACCAACAACACAAGUUACUAAUUCUAUUAUUUCACUAUUACUACACUAUAACUGGAAAAGGUUUACCCUUAUAUUAGGAUUAUCACAUAAACCUCAAACUAUUGCCAAGAAACUGUUGGAGCAGGCUAAAGUUUAUAACAUCACUAUCAAUGGUCAGCAGUCUUAUAAAGAUCCUCACCUUCCCCUGACCUCAGGCAACCCAUUUCCUGGAAUUGUAGAGAAGACCUUUAUUGAUACAAGAGUAUAUGUGUUACUUGGAGAUAUUAAUGCUGUUGUGGAUUUAAUGACAAACUUAUACGACAGAGGGCUGCUAGAUACGGGUGAAUACAUCGUCAUAUAUGUAGACCUUGAUACAUUUGACAGUACAGUUCCGCUUAAAUAUUUCAAAAGAACAGCAGAUAAUCCCCAUCAACCAAGGAAUGGCGAUGCCGCUAGAUCUCUUCUAGUUGUCACCUUAAGUCCACCCAGUAAUCCACAAUACGACAAAUUCCGGGAAGCUGUUAAUGAGUACAACGAACAACCUCCAUUCGAAUUUCCAAAUCCUUUUAUGAAACCUAAAAAGAUAACAGUGUAUGCCGCUUAUUUAUAUGACGCUGUGAUGUUGUGGGCAAAAGCAGCUGAUAAUAUGACCCGUUCAGGAGGAUCAAUCAAGGAUGGAAGAGCUAUCAUUGAAUCCAUGCUCGGUAUAAGUUAUCAAAGCAUCCAGGGUGUAAUAUCAAGUAUUGAUAGUAAUGGUGAUGCAGAAGGCAAUUACACUCUACUUGCUCGAGUACCAUAUGUUUCUCAGCAUGCCAAUUUUUCAAUGCAACCUGUUGGGCACUUUCUGAUUGGAAGCAAAUUACCUAGGCUUUCUCUCUUUAGAGACCACAACAUAGACUGGGUAUCUGGUAUGGUUCCAUUAGAUGAGCCAGUUUGUGGUUACAGGAGAGAAAAAUGUAUUCCACCGAACGUGUAUACACUUGAAAUCGUUGGUGGAAUAAUAGGAGGAAUUUUAUUAAUAGUUUUUAUCAUAAUAUUAGUAGCUUACAGGAACUGGAGAUAUGAACAGGAGAUUGCUGGUUUAUCAUGGCAGAUAUAUACACAUGAUAUUAAAUCAACUCACACUAAUGGCAAAGUGUCGCCAUAUGUAACGAUGGUUAAUGCAGGUAGUACGGUUUCCUUAAACAGUAAUCAAUCUUUAGAUUCACGGAUGUCGUUCACUCAAGUAUAUAUAAAAACUGGUACAUAUAAAGGCCAAAUAGUGGCCCUGAAAGUGUAUGAAAGUAAAAUGCUGCAUAUCAACAGAGACAUUAAAAAACAAAUGAAAAUGAUGAGAGAUUUACGGCAUAUGAAUAUCAAUCCAUUUGUUGGUGCUUGUGUUGAUACACAUAAUUUUAUUAUUGUCACAGAAUAUUGUUUUAAAGGCAGCCUUCAGGACAUUUUAGAAAAUGAGCUUAUAAAACUAGACAAAAUGUUCAUAGCGUCUAUGAUAAAAGAUGUUAUUCAGGGUAUGAUAUUCCUCCACAACAGUGAAUUGAUGUUUCACGGAAAUCUUAAAUCUUCUAACUGUGUAGUAACGAGUCGAUGGAAUGUCCAGGUAGCAGAUUUUGGACUUUUAGAGUUCAGAAAGGCCACCUAUAAAAAGGAAGAUGAACAUGCUUAUAAUCGAAAUUUGUUCUGGACAGCUCCUGAAAUUCUAAGAAAUCCAAAAGUUUUUGGUUCUCAAAAAGGAGAUGUGUAUUCAUUUGGUUUAAUUUUAUAUGAGAUAUUUAGUCGUUUGGGUGUUUAUUGUUACUGCAAUAUGGAACCAAAAGAUAUAGUUUUAAAUGUAAAAAGUGUUCAAAGAGUUGAACCAUUCCGUCCAGAUGCAAAAUAUUUAAAUGCUGAAGAUUAUAUAGUUAAUUGCAUGAAAGAAUGUUGGGAUGAAACACCAGAAAAUCGACCAGACUUCAGAACCAUUGCCAAAAAAUUGCAUGAUUUGUGGCGAGGAAUGAAACGCAACAUAUUCGAUAACAUGAUGGCCAUGAUGGAAGCAUAUCAAAAUAACCUCGAGAAUCUAGUAGAGGAGAGAACUGAGCAGUUGGUUGAGGAGAAGAAAAAGACAGAAACUUUACUUCAUCGUAUGUUGCCUUCGUCCAUAGCAGAUCAAUUAAAAAAGGCAAAGGUGGUCCAGCCCGAGUCCUUUGAGUGUGUUACUAUAUACUUUAGUGACAUUUGUGGCUUUACAAAGUUGUCUGCAGAAAGUACGCCGUUGGAGGUGGUGGAUAUGCUGAACGAUUUAUAUACAUGUUUUGACUCCAUUAUAAAGAAUUAUGAUGUCUAUAAAGUAGAGACAAUUGGUGACGCGUAUAUGGUGGUCAGCGGUGUACCAAUACGUAACGGCGACAAUCAUGCUGGAGAAGUAGCCUCGAUGUCGCUAGAACUUUUACGAGCAAUAAAAAAAUUCAAAAUACGACAUCGUCAAGAGGAAACAUUGAAGUUAAGAAUUGGAAUGCACUCAGGUCCAUGUGUAGCAGGGGUCGUUGGUCUAACAAUGCCAAGGUAUACAUUGUUUGGUGAUACUGUAAAUACAGCUUCACGAUUGGAGUCUACUGGUGAACCUCUACAGAUCCAUAUAAGCGAUCCGUGUAAACAGCUACUUGAUAAACUAGGAGGCUAUACAAUUACAGAGAGAGGUUUUGUCAGCAUGAAGGGGAAAGGAGAAUUGUUCACUUACUGGCUAAACUCAGAAAAUGAGGAAAUACGACAUGAACGAUUGCGGCGUACAAGUCAAACAUUGAAUUUUAGUUCACCCGCAACAAGAGAAAUAAGACAGGCCUAUAUACAACAUUCCGGACAGAAUCACCGUUCUAUUAAAGAUGGUUUAAACGAAAACUAUAAUGAUAAAGACAAUCAUUCCGAUCACAACCAGUCAACUCCUCUAAUGGACAUUUUAUGUGAAAGUGAAAGGAUUAACUCUUCAGUUCCUCUUCCAAAAAUUCCACUAGAACCCAAAGACUCCCCAACAACUAGUUCCAUGAAAGCAAGAAAAAUAUUUCAAUCAAAACUAUUCAAUGGUGUAAUUCCUGAAGAGAAAAAGUAUCGUCUACUGAAAGGUAGUUCCGGUUCAGAUAUAACAACAGAAAGAUAUACUCUGAUGAGUGACUUUCAUGACGACGACAGUGAUAGUGACCAUUUGUCAACAAGGCAUCAUUCCUUAGGAACAAGAAAUAACAUACGACAGCCACCAAGCUGUGCAAUGUGUACACUUCCUAAGUCUUCAAAGCAAGACAAAGAGACAAAUUCGUUUGGACCAGACAGACAAGACGUGGAUGCAAGAAAUUAUUACAAUAGUUUUGGACAAAAUGAUAAUUUGAUGGACCCAGAGACAAUAUUGUAGCAUUAGGAUAAUUAGACAACAACAAAUACAAUUACACGUAAUAUAUUUAAAAAUUAUAACUUUUGUUAACAAAUAUGUGGAAGGUUAAUACGAUGGAUAUGUUAGUUGAUGAUUUGAAUAUCUUUACCAGAAUAUAUCUAUAUGUUAAUGUGUUCUGAAUAUGAAACAUGUUUUAUACUUUGCCGACAAAUCGAGUCAGAAUUGUGUUCAAUGCUAGUUAAAACUCAUCAGGAAAAAGACAUGCUAGCAAAUUAAAGAAAGGCUUAGUUGGUAUAACCCUUUAACACAUUUACCACCGCGUUACAUUAUUUUCGAUGUAACCACAGAAAAACAAAUAUGAUAAAUCAGCAUAGCAGCUAGGUAUUAUUCAUUAUGAAAACUUCAUUACAAAUUGUACUUGAACUUUCAUUUUUCAAUCUAAUUAGGAUAUUCAAGCUUCAGUUUUGUUUGUUCACUUGAUUUGUCUUAAUUGAUUUAUAAGAUACACAAUUUGUUUAUCAAAUGUUGCCUAGAUUUAAGGAACAAAGACGUUUGUUGAGGAUCAUAUAAUACUGUUUUAUUAAACUUUUGUUUUGAAGAAUCCAAAUUUAAAUAUUUUUUUAUCAAUCAUAUUCAUAUGUCAUUUAACUUUCUUCUUAAUCUGAAUAUAAGUUAAAAACGGAGUAAAUUGUACGAUAGUUUGUAGUAAAAUGCUAGGUAAACGGAAUUGCAUAGGUUUAACAUCAUGGUCUACCGGAUUGUGAACUAUUUAAGGAACGGAAGAAAUUUUACCUGACCAAUGACAUACAAGUACUUGAAGAUAUGCAAAGUAUAUACGAACUGAUAAUUAGUGUUUCUUCACACUCGCAAUCGUUUUGCAAUAAUAAUAAUAACCCCGGUGAUAUCCUGUAAAGUAUGCAUUUGUAAACUUUUAUUCAAAAUAUCACAUUGAACGUUUUUUUAAAUUUCAUUGAUUUAGUUUGUAUGUAGUUUUACCCAACUUUUAACAGAAACAAUGUUUUAUUUUUUAUUUGCAUUUAACUUGUAUAUGUUAUUCAUUUGAAAGUUAUCUUCAGUUUCAUUCAUAACGUGUAAGGCACGAUUUCUAACCAUGUUUAGGUUGUACUAUAAAAUGUCAACUUGCAACCUACACUCUGUUUUAUGUGAACAAAGUCAAUCAAAAAGAAGUGGUGUCAAGAUGUCAAAAGUCCUAUUUUAUCCUAACAUUAUUAUAUAUCGAACACUGUUCUCUUCCAUUACUGUAACUGAAUAAUAAACUUUUUAAAAUUAUCUAAAUCUGUUCCAUCAGCAAAUUGAAAAAACAAUCUAUAUUUAAGAAUAUUAACUUACAGUGUUUUUGUAAUUGAAGAUAUAUGAUGACAUAUUGAGUAAUGACAUUCAAAAAUAAAUAUGUGAAAUGAUGCAAAUACUAUUUGUCCGAAUUUUUUUUGAAAAUAAACAAACGUUAAGUGCCACAUAUAUGCCACCUAUAUAAUUGUUACUGUCUUACCUUUUUUAAAUAACUUUGUAUAUCAUGAAUGUUUUAAAGUUUUUUGAAACGCUUUUUCCAUCUAAAAAGGAGACUUUAGUAAUGAAACAGCAAUGCAAAAUUACAAAACAUAAAAGAAAAAUGUUAUGAAAUGAAAUAUAUAUAUAUAAAUAGAUUUGUAGAUUGCAUUUAACUUGUUAACACGGUGUGUCAUGUUGUUAUAGAUACAGUGUAAAUUGUCUAAUCCGACGCAUGGUGGCCAGAAAAAAAAGUCAGGUUUAGCAGGGUGUCGGACUACUCAGGUUUGUUUUCUGAAAGGAUAGGCAUAUUUUGGGACCAUGAAAAUAUGUGAGAUAAAACAGGAUGUUUGCAAACUCAGGUGUCGGAGUAGGCAGGUUACAACGUAUACACAACAGUGAAAAUGAAACAAAUAUUGUAAUACACAUUUAUUUCAAAAGUUAUAUUAAAUCAAGCAAUGCUCACACUUACAAAACGCAUACUCAAAGUACGUCACGUGUUGAUAUGAAAGAAUGCCAUCCUACCCUGAAAGAAGCAUUAACAAAGACCUUUGUCUAUCUCUUCAUUAUUUGUAGCAAAACAUAUCACUUUUGAGAGCCUUGUAUUUUGCUUCAACUAUGAUAAUCAUAGUACAAAAGGAAUUAAUUUUAAAUGUUCACUGUUUGCCUUUCUCUUGAUACAUGUACAAGGGCUGUGAUUAAAUCAUCACUUCCCAUCAAUGUACAGUGUUACAAAUUCUUAUGCACCCUACUUGCGGAAGCAGGUAUACAAAAAAUAACCUACUAAUGAUAAUGAAUAUAUAAAAUGCGAUGAUACAUCAAACCAACAGAAAAUUAAUUGAUAAUCAGAAAAAAAUAUUUUUGUUCGCAUCAAUGCUUGAUUUGUUAGAUGACAAAUCAAUAGUAAGUAGAAGUGGAAAUAUUCACAUAAUCAACCGUUAAAAAAUAUGACUUCCUAGCACCGCUCGUAUCUAUUCACAUAAAUAUGUGUCGGGUGUUCCUGUGGUAAUCUUUAAAUGAAGUUAAAAUCAAAAUGUGUUGUCUUUCUUUAAACAAAUAAUACUUUUCAAUGUAAAAAGUAUUAGAAAAUAUAUAAAAAAUACCGAGCUGAAAAGCAAAUUUAGAUAUCUUAUGAAUUUGCAAAAUCAAAACUAAAACACAUCAAACAAAUGGAAAAAAAACUGUCAAAUUUCCGACUUGAACUUUAUGCAAUUUUAUUCAAUUAUAGAUUUUAACUUUUGUGUAAUAUCUGUGUUAAUAAAUGGUUCGAGAUAAAAAAAUAAAGUUAUAUUCACAUUUUUUUCAAAAUCAUCACAUUCACAUUGAAAUCAAAAGUUAAUCAUAUUGCACUUUCAUCUAAACUUCAUUUAAAACAUGUUGCAUAAUACUUCCUUGAGUUCUUAAUAUUAAGCCUUGUUACAUUGUAUAUUUGAUUCAUGUCAAUAUGUAUAUAUUAUGUUGAAUUGAUUUGUUGUUUGUAGAUAUACAUAUAAUUUAUAUUCCUGAGAAAUCUGUGAUAAUUUCCGACUUCAUUGUAUAUAAUACUAUAGUUCAAAAUGUGAAUAAUAACAUGA